AUGAAGUGGAACUGUGUCAGUGAUUGUGGUAAUUGGGAGCAAGAAGUGUGGCGGUGGAAGUUUUUAUGGCGGCGUCCUCUAGUAGGGAGGGAGUUGGAGUGGGAGCAGGCCUUACAGGGUGCGGUUGGGGUGGUUCAAUUGUCUGAAGGUGUGCCUGAUGCGUGGACUUGGCUACCAAGUAAUGAUAGAAUUUACUCUGUUCACUCAUCAUAUCUUUUCUUGCAGGAACCUGUGUUACCUGAUCAGGAUCAUGCUCUUAUGCAUGUUUGGCAGUCUUAUGCUCCAUCCAACGUGAAAGGCUUCGCCUGGAGGGUGCUACUUGACCGUAUUGUGAGUAAGGAAAAUAUGUUGAAGCGUGGAAUUUUUUCCUCGGUUGGGUCAGCCUCUUGUGCUCUCUGCAAUAACCAUUUGGAAACGUGCUUUCACCUUCUAUUUUCUUGUCCGUUUUCGAUUGGUGUUUGGAAUGGCUGUCUUCAGUGGUUGGGCUGUUCACUCUCGCAAGUCACUUCUGUUCAUGAACAUCUAUCUGGUUUCAGGGUUGGCUUAACUCAUUCUCAGCAGCGCUUGUGCCAUUCUAUUUGGUUAGCUGUCAUUUGGUCUGUGUGGCUUGCUCGGAAUGAGGUGGUAUUCGGGGAGGUGCUGCCCGCUUUGAGGUAA